AUUUUAAAUAACAUCGCAUCGGUGUCGGACGUGUUAAAAAAUGUUUUUCAAAAGUAUCGCAGUGUUGUUUACGUGCAAUGUUUUAAUUUUUUCCGAAUCCGCAUUUGUGGACUCCUUGCCGAAAUGCAAGCUGGUGGACAAUGAAUGUCUGAGGGAUUUGUACCAAACAAUUAUUAGAGAUAUCGGUAAAACUGGUAUUAAAGAACUAAACAUCCCUCCAGUGGACCCUAUUCAGCUGCGAAAUGUUUCCGUUUCAAUUGCCAAUUUACUAAACAUAACGCUUGUUGAAGGAGUAGCUAAAGGGAUUAAGGACUGCGUUUUUAACAAGUUUGAGAUCAAUAUCGAAAACGAGAAAGGCUCACAAGAAAUCACAUGUGACGUUACAGUUAAAGGUCACUACAAAGUGUUAGCGUCUAGUCCACUGAUUAAGAAUAUUUUGGGAGGCACCACAGUUCAUGGUGAUGGAAAUGGAAAAGUUAAAAUUGAAAAACUCAACAUGAAGUUCGUAUUCCCGUUUUACGCUCAGAAACGUGACGACGGUGAAAUCUACAUAAAAUGUCUUUACAAGGACAUCGACUAUGACUACGACAUUAAAGGAAAGACCACGUUCUUCGCCGACAACCUUUAUCUGGGAAAUCAAGAAAUUAGCGAACCAAUCAUCACUUUCCUGAAUGAGAAUUGGAAAUUUGUCAUGUCGUCAUUCGGACAGGCCUUCGUGGACAAAGCUAUGGAGUUCUACUUCACUUACGCCGGCAACUUCUUCGAUGCUGUACCGGCCAGGCACUACAUCUCUGAUGAUCUGUCUCCUUAUGCUAGGCCUUGAAAGAUUGU